CUACAAGGCCGACGGUAUGCACAGGAAGAGUCCAGAACAACAUGUUGACACAGGAAUUGGUGCGCGAAUGGUCGUUAUGUUGUGAAAUACAAUGUGAGAUGUUGGUAGCAAGUGUUGACGUUUUCGACGAUGAUGUAGUGGCGUCGAAGGACCGAAGAAGCCGGAAUCGUCCGAUGAACGGGCGCCACCAAUCAGAGAAUAGCAGUUGUCAUAACCGAGGAAGCUUGAGUGGCGCCCUGGCGCUACAACUUCGAUGAUAGCAACACUUUGACCUUUAAGCCUCAGCCCGCACUCUCCACUCCACCCUAGACACAAUGGCCUCCAUACGCGCUUUCACUCGUCUGGCUACCCAGCGAACUGCCGUACGCCCGGCAGUUUUCUCUCGUGGCUUUGCCUCCGUAAACGACGUCCAUGCCCGGGACCCAAUCUCCAAGACCGCCGAGAAGAUCGCACCUGAUGCUUCGCGCUCGCCCAUCCCAGAGAGCAAGACGUCGACAAUCCAGGAGCCCGAGCCCAGCAAAGAUGCGAAGACCAAGACUUUCCACAUUUACCGAUGGAACCCAGAUGAGCCCACGUCAAAGCCCAAGAUGCAGUCCUACACACUCGACUUGAACAAGACCGGACCCAUGAUGCUGGAUGCGCUCAUCAGGAUCAAGAACGAGGUGGACCCGACCCUGACUUUCAGGCGGAGUUGUCGCGAGGGCAUUUGUGGAAGUUGUGCCAUGAACAUCGACGGAGUCAACACCCUGGCAUGCCUUUGCCGCAUUCCCACCGACACCACCAAGGAAUCUCGCAUCUACCCGCUCCCCCACAUGUACGUUGUCAAGGACCUCGUACCGGACAUGACUCUCUUCUACAAGCAAUAUCGAUCGGUCAAGCCAUACCUGCAGCGCACCACUGCCGCACCAGAUGGUCGUGAGUUCCGCCAGUCCAAGGAAGAUCGCAAGAAGCUCGACGGACUCUACGAAUGCAUUCUCUGCGCUUGCUGCUCAACAUCAUGCCCAUCGUACUGGUGGAACCAGGAGGAGUACCUUGGCCCUGCCGUUCUUCUCCAAUCCUACCGAUGGAUCGCCGAUUCACGAGACGAGAAGAAGGCUGAGCGCCAGGAUGCUCUUAACAACAGCAUGAGCUUAUACCGAUGCCACACCAUUCUAAACUGCUCAAGGACAUGCCCCAAGGGACUGAACCCUGCGCUAGCCAUUGCGGAGAUCAAGAAGAGCAUGGCCUUCACUUAGAGUAGUCUUGAUUAUCGCGGCAGGAGGAGAGUCACUGGAUUAUGUUCACUGUAUGUAUCUGCGAUUUUGCGCAGAAGUUGAUUUUCUUCGAGCCACAUUCGUACUUUUUUGAGAUGUAAA